AAAAAACCAGAAUCAAUCAACAAAUCACGACACAACUCCCUCACCUUAUCAUCUCUCUCUUUUUAUAAAGCUUCAUACAAGAAGCUACGCGAUUUUCUCAUAGAAUCUAAGGUAGGUCACAGAGCGAGAGAGAGAGAUUAUUCUAGACAAUUACCCAAUUAAUGGCUCUCGAGGCAUGGUUCCUGGAUGAAACUAGUGGAGAAGACCAAAGACUCCCUCGUCACUGUAACCCAAAAGAGUUCGUUUCCCUUGACUACUUGGCUGAGUUGGGAGUGUUAUACUGGCGCUUGAACCCAGCGAACUACGAGAACGAUGAAGAAUUAAAGAAGAUUAGGGAAGACAGGGGAUACAAUUACAUGGACUUGCUUGAUAUUUGCCCAGAGAAAGUUGCUGAUUUCAAGGAGAAGCUUAAGAACUUCUAUACGGAGCACAUACAUGCUGAUGAAGAGAUACGUUACUGCUUAGAAGGAAGUGCAUAUUUUGAUGUUCGAGACAAAGAUGAUCGUUGGAUCCGUAUCUGGAUCAAGGCGGGUGAUCUUAUCAUUCUGCCCGCAGGGAUCUACCAUCGGUUCACUCUCGACACUGGUGACCAUGUUAAGUUGAUGAGGUUGUUCGUGGGAGAGCCAGUAUGGACAGCUUAUAAUCGCCCACAGGAAGAUCAUCCAGCAAGGAAGGAGUAUAUUAAGAGUAUGGUGACCGAGAAGGUUGGCGUGGCACUUGAAGCUUAUCGAGGUGCUUGAGUACCUAUCGGUUUAGCAUGUAUGAUGCAGUAUUCCUAUUUAUGAGAUGGUUUAGACAAGUUAAAUAUAUAUCAUGAAAGUAAGCAUGUGGCUAUCGCGGUGGAAAAGGUCUAGUGUAUUUAACAGAGGAGGUGACAAAUUGCAUGUCAGUAA